AUGAAUGAAUUUUCUCUCUCUCUCUCUCUCUCUCUCUCUCUCUCUCUCUCUCAAAAUAGAGAACUCUCUCUCUCUCUCUCUCUCUCUCUCUCUCUCUCUCUCUCCUCUCUCUCUCUCUCUCUCUCUCCCUCUCUCUCUCUCUAUCUCUUUAUCUCUAUCUAUCUCUUUAUCUCUCUCUUUCUCUUUCUCUAUCUAUCUAUCUAUCUAUCUCUAUCUCUCUAUCUCUCUAUAUCUAUCUAUCUAUCUCUUUAUCUCUCUCUAUAUCUCUCUAUCCAUCUAUCUCUUUAUCUCUAUCUCUCUCUAUCUAUCUCUUUAUCUCUAUCUCUCUCUUUCUAUUUAUCUAUCUAUCUAUCUAUCUAUCUAUCUAUCUAUCUAUCUCAUCCUCCCCCGCAUUCUUCUGCAAAUAUCUUUGCAGCGGUGUCUGUAGCCGUUUUACGCGCGACAGUAUCUAUAGACGUGUUACACGCGGUAAUGUCUGUAGACGUUUCACACGCGGCAGUGCCUGUAAAUGUUUUACAUGAGGCAGUGUUUGUAGACGUUUUACACGCGGCGGUGUCUGUAGACGUUUCACAGGCGGCGGUGUUUGGAGACAUUUUACACGCGGCAAUAUCUGUAGACGUGUUACACGCGGCAACGUCUGUAGACGUUUCAAAUGCGGCAAUGUCUGUAGACUUUUCAUACACGGCAUUGUCUGUAGACGUUUUACACGCUGCGGUGUCUGUAGACAUUUCAUACGCAGCAGUAUCUGUAGACGUUUUACAUACGGCUUUGUCUGUAGACGUUUCACAGGCGACGGUGUCUGUAGACAUUUCACACGCGGCAGUGUCGGUAGACGUUUUACACGCGGCAAUGUCUGUAGAUGUUUUACAUGAGACACGUGAAACUGCAAACUUCUUCUUGAUUCACUCCUGCCUUUUCAGUCGCUACAGCCCAGAGGCUCCCGAACCUUGA